UUUCAUAACACAACCUUUUUAAUUGUAGGAAUGCAUCAGCAUGGUAUCAUCAGCAUACGACCGUGCUCAACUGUGGAGAGAUAACGAAGCUUUGAUCAUCAAACUUCAAUCGUUUUGCCGCAUGUAUAUCGCAAGAAAGGCUUACCAGGGGAGGAAGGAUUUCAUCGCAAAUCAUUUACCAGCUAUCGUUUGCAUUCAAGCUCAUUGGCGUGGAUAUUCGCAAUGGAAGAAAUAUAACGAUAGAAUGAACUAUCUUAGAGAUAAUGUGGAUAUUAUAAUUAAGAUUCAAAAGUUGGUACGGAUGUGGAUGGCUCGCAAGUAAAUAUCA